CAUCACCACCGUUGCUCAUCGCGAUACUAUCAUCCAGUCCUCUCUCUCUCUGCCUGCAUCCAGCUGGUAGCCUGCCUGCCUGCCUGCCUGCCUGCCUGCCUUUGACGGUUCUGUUGCAGUUGAGGUGAGAGCCACCAGUCAUCAUGGGGAACAUCUUUGGCAACCUGUUGAAGAGCCUGAUAGGCAAGAAGGAGAUGAGGAUUCUCAUGGUGGGGCUGGACGCAGCUGGGAAAACCACCAUCCUCUACAAGCUGAAGCUCGGGGAGAUCGUCACCACCAUCCCCACAAUCGGUUUCAACGUAGAGACGGUGGAGUACAAGAACAUCAGCUUCACCGUGUGGGACGUGGGUGGCCAGGACAAGAUCCGUCCCCUGUGGAGGCACUACUUCCAGAACACCCAGGGUUUGAUCUUUGUGGUAGACAGCAAUGACCGUGAGCGGGUGAACGAAGCUCGGGAGGAACUGAUGAGGAUGCUGGCUGAGGAUGAGCUGCGGGAUGCGGUUCUCCUCGUCUUUGCCAACAAACAGGAUCUGCCCAAUGCCAUGAAUGCCGCAGAAAUCACAGACAAGCUGGGCCUGCACUCCCUACGCCACCGCAACUGGUACAUUCAGGCCACUUGCGCCACUAGUGGAGACGGUCUCUACGAGGGCCUGGACUGGCUGGCCAAUCAGCUGAAGAACAAAAAGUGAAGGGGUCCGGUCAGUAGCGUGGGGAAGAGCCUGGGUGCCAGCUCCAGGUAGUGGUUAUAGUGGAUCCAUUGUGUUUACAUGGAGAGGCAGUGCUGAAAAGCUCCCAGGGGGUGACUCUCAAUGGCUUCCUCCCUCUUAAAAAUACUUGUUUCAUUUCUUUAUUUUGAUUAAUUUAAUUUUUUUGGAUCUGCGGUGAGCGUUUUUAAAUAUUUACAAACCAAUGGUGUUGAAGUUGAUCUAAAUGACUUACAUUCUACACGCUGAAUACAUAAAUAUUGGGAUGUAAUAGUAUAAUGUUACUGUAAAGGCAUAUGUAUUUCCCCUACUUUGCAGUCUCUUUGACCUCCAUCACCUUUUAAUUUGAUCAGAAAACGUAAUGAUAUAUAGACUCAUCAUGGCAGAGCAACCGUCCGAUACUUUAAACUUAAUGUAAAUGAUAAAGAAUGUUAUAAUAGUAUAGUGGGGCUACUACUACUAUCAUAUCACAUUGUUUAAAAACAGUAUACAGGCUCAGAUAAAUGUAAAGUUGUCAUUUUUCUGUCCAUACUUAUGUUUUACCACCAAAUGAUGUGUAUUAGAGCUCAAUUUGUGCAAAAAAACUUGAGUUAUUUUAGAUUUUAUGCAGAUGUGUUUAUUUUAAUUUUAUUUAUUUGACAUACUGGAUAGUCUUAAACCAUUUAUAUAUAAUUGUCAUUUAUUUAUUUAUUUAUUUGUACGUUUGUUUAUUGGUUUUAUUUUCUAAAUGCAUCAUGGUUUCUCUCCCUUUAUUGCAAUGUGCAUUUACUGUUGAGGCAGCUGGUAUCAAUGUAUAUUACCUGCUUCCCAAUCUGCAUGGAGAUAUCCCAGUACUGGCUCGUGGGCUGUGAACUACUGCAGGCCGCUGCUGUAAAUAAAGAUUUGUUCUUAGUCGACUUAACCCCAGUAAGGGUUAAAACAAUUUGUCUGGCGUCAGCGAGGUGUGAUAGCUGAACUGAUACAGAUGACAAAACAGGCACACUGUACCAGCUCUGUGGCUUAGGGAAGAAAAAAAAAAAACGCUGCUAUUUAUUGGCCUGUGGAGAGUGAUGCAGCAGAGCAUGUGAUUGGCAAUAUCAGAGAGCUUACAUGGUUUUCGAAUGUUUCUUUUUUGAAGUGUGCUGCACUAUAUCCGUCAAAAGAACUCACAUUGCUUGUCAUCCUGAUUUAUUCAUCCCUAAUUGGCGUGACAUUACAUGUGUUUCUUGUGUUUUAUGUUGCACAAAAUAACUAGAUGCAUUAUUGUUGUACCAAAUGUCAGUUAUUUUCUUGUAUUUUUGAAUAGAGUAUUUAUUUAUUUUGGACCAAAAGGCAGGUGUUGAUUUUUAGUGUUGUUUUUCUUAAUUUGCUUACUAGAUCAUUUGUCUUCUUGAGUGUUCACACAAAUCCCAUAAUUUGAAAAAAACAAAAUAGGAGAGAGGAUGAUAGUAAUACUGCAUCAUAAGGCAUGUUAAUACUGUACAAGAUCUGUAAUAAAAGUGAAUUAUAAUAGCCUGUUUCCUCAGACUAUAUUUGUUAGUCUAAAUUACUGCUGCUGGUUGGAACAAUGCUGUACUGAUACAUGUUAUGGAUUUAGUGUAAAGUUUACUGAACAACCUUCUAAUAUGCAAAAGCAUGCUUUUCUAUGUCGGCGCAACUGUAUAUAUGUUAAUGUAACAAACCAUGGUAUUCGCGGUCAAAUUGAAAAGUGUUGUUGAUACACCUGUAGAUAGGUUCAGGGUCAGUGUGGUGGCAAAUGUGUAUAACUGACAGCAGCUUGUGUGUGUGACGUGCCCUCUAUUACGUUCAGUUUGGUGUGAACAUUGUUUUCGUGGCCUUAUAUUGCCAGUGUUUUAUUUCUCUUUGAUAACAGGUUUGUAUGUAGGAAAUGUCCAACAUUCAAGUAUCUCACCUAUGAUCUGUAACACUGAUGCACUCACAGUACUGUUGUGGCUAAACGUCCUUUCAUUCAAUGACUAUUUGGCAGAUUUUAACUUGAAAAAUGUAGAAAAGACUUGCAGAACAUUCCAACAGAUGAAGUUUAUUCAAAAAGUGAAAAGGGAUUUAUUUAAUUUAGUGGAAUAUUAUCAAGAGGAGGAAAUAAAAACAACACAAACUGGUGCAAAAGUGUUGAAUGAUUUAAUGAUUCCUGGCACUACGUCGAUCAAUCAAUAAAAAAGACCAAAACACAA